GGGUGGUGGGUGGGGGGGAGCAGCCCCAGAAGAAGGCGCCUGCCCACCUGUCUGUCCUCUCCCAAGCCUUUGGAAGGAAGCCUUUUGGAAUCAGAAUAGAUCGCAUGAAACAGAAGGUGGUGAGUGCGAGGUAACAACCAGGUCGGUGUUGGGCGAGGCAGCAGAAGGCAAGGAUGGACCAAUCCCAAGGCUGGAAAGAGUCACUGCCCUCUGCUCGCUGGGCUGCAAGAGCAAUCCUUGUGAGAAGAACCUUUGGCAAAAGCUAAAACGACAGAAGUCCAAGCCACCGAGGGAAUGAACAGGGGAGGGGACCCAACAGAGGAGCUGAAAGUUCUCAGAGGGCAAGUCCAGGGAUGGAGACGGACAUGGUGACUGGCACAAAGGGGCACCCCAGCCAUGUUGGGAGGGAUGUUCAAACCAAAUCAAAGGACUGAGGGCCUCUAAGCAAACACACACCAGGACAGCCGAGAAGUGACCGUUCUCUUUUGGAUCUAAACCCAAGGGACCCACUACACCAGCCCCCAUGACUUAACAACAUUUAGGGACCAAAGGGGAAUGAACUGAUGUCUUUGCUUGGAAAACAGGCAUCUGAGCGCUCCCUGGGGUGAUGGGCGUGUGGAGCCACACGGCAGGGAAGGUGAUCAAAGCACGUCUGCUUUCCCUGGGUCGAGGACGCCCCGAGAAGCCCUGCUUUGCUAACAUAGUGGGCAGAAGUCCAGGAGGCAUGCACAGGUCUCUGGGAAGCUGUUCCUACGGCGCCGAGUGUCCAUCCUCUCCCGGCUGCAGGAGUGUGGUCCUCAAGCCCUCCGGUGUCCAAACUUCUGCCUGUUCGCUCUCCUGCUCAGACAACAGGACUGGAAUGGUGUCGAUGUCGAAGUCAGUCCCAUCUGGGUCCACUCCCAGCCCAAACACUUCCCUGCGGUGGACAGUGGCAAAGUCCUUGCCACCCUGAGUCUUACCGUCUGCAUCUGUGGGAUGGGGUGGUAGUUCCCAUGCAGUGCCUCGUAAGAGGUCUUCUUUGGGCACAACUAGAGAGACCCACAGGACUCCCAGACCCUGGCUGGAGAGACAGCAGGUGACAUUCAGUGCUCCUUCAAUGGGAGGCAUCCUCAAAGGAGACCAUACAGCCCACGAGGACCAGGAGAUAUUCUCUUUGGCCGCCAGGAGACAGCUCAGGUGUGAGGAAGUGAGGCUUACACAGGCAGGAUAUUUUCCUGCACAAUCUGAAGGCACUGCACCCACCUUGAAAUCUCCAGACCGCCGAUGUUGUCAAUUCAUUGACUUAUUAAGUCUUGACUCACGAGCUAUGUCUGAGUUGGAGCCAACAGCUAAAACACGGACUGAGAAAAGUUUCAGCUACGUCGUCAGAGCCCCCAGCAGUGAUGGGUUCGAUGUAAUGAAUGUUGACGUGAAGAUCGACACGUCCUGGGUCUUCCAGGACAUGGAGGACAGUGGUGAGGAGCAGGGAUGUCUUCCGGAAGAAGCAGCCGGAAGCCCAGAUGUGGAUACAGGGGCGCUCCGGAAGCAGCUGGAAUCCUCAGAGCAGAAGCUAUUGGCAGCUGUGGACAAAUAUGUGACGUCAGAGUCCGGACUCAGGAGCAGAAUCCAGGAGCUGGAGCUGUCCGAGAGGAAGCUCCUCCGGAAGGUGGACCAGCUGAGCGCCCGUGUCUUCCAGGAGAGGAGCGCCUGUCUCCGGGCCCAGGAGGAGCUGGAAGUGCUGCAGGGGGAGCUCGCCAGCCAGGUUCUGGAGAAGGAGCGCGCGGCCCAGCGGCAGCGGGGGCGGCUGCGGCAGCUGCGAGAGCGCCUGCGGCACAAGGACGAGGCGCUGGGGCGGCAGGCGGAGGCCCUGGAGCGCUGCCAGCGGAGCCAGCGGCGCCAGCUGUGCCUGGUGCGCGAGCAGGAGCGCGUCCUGCGGGCGCAGGUGCAGCGGCUGGAGCGGGACGUGAGACGCCUGUGUCGCGCCGCGGGCCUCCUGCUUGCGGAGCUGGACGCCCCGGCCCCGGGCAGCUCCAGACGGCCGGGCCCGGCCGGUGCCCGAGACGCCCCGGAGGAGGCCGCGGAGCUGCGCGCCCUGCAGGCGACGGCCGGGCAGGGUGAGCGUGAGCGGGACCAGGCGGCACGCCGGCUGCAGGAGCAGCGCGCGACGGAGCGCCGGCUCCGUGGGCAGCUGGAGGAGCUGCGUUGCUGCAUCUAUGAGCUGAAGCUGUCGGAGAUCGGCCUGCAAGGCCAGGUGGAGGACCUCACCGAACAAAACAGGAACCUGCGAGAGAAACUGGGAGCCCAGGCCCCCCAUGAGACAGCGUGCAGCACAGCCCCUGCUGGUCACUGUAGCCUGGACGUCCCGGGCUGUAUUCAGGACGAAUGGCUGCCCCUGCCCAGGCAGGAGGCGCCGGGAGCCUGCAGAAGCCAAGGUCGGCACGCCUCGCUCCGCCCCGACGGUGCCCCAGGACCAAGCGCCUCAGCAGGCCAGUCCUCCGAGGGGCCCUGCGCCUGGGGUAGCAUCGGGGCUGGACCAGGAGGCCCCUCUGUUUCGGUGCCAGACCUGAAGACCACAGCUGAACUCCUGGGAGACCUGACAGGGUCUGACCAUGGACAGCUUCCUCUGGCUGAGCCCAGCGUGCACGACCAGAGCCUUCUCCUCAUCUGUGGCGGCCCCCCGGGCCCGUGCGUGGACGACUCACUCCUCCCCUUGGAGCUGGCCUGGAUGAUGGAGCAGAGGCUAGCAGCCGCUCCGGCUCAGGAGUCCUUCCUCCUAGUGCAGACAUCCGCACUCCCUCCACGGGGGCCUGCCAGGGACCCAGCCCCUCUACUGCUCCAGGAAGCUUCCCCAGAACUCCAAACCCAACUGGUGCUGGACACCAGGUCCUCGCCUGCUCCCAGAGCCGUAGGACAGCCCUGCCGAGGUCAUCACCAGGCAAGGAGCCUCGAAGCCCCCCUCUGCCGGGAGUCCCCACAGGUUUCUAAUCACCAAUUUCCCAAGAGAGGGCCCAGUGGCCCAAACGACGCUUGGAAGGCGGCAGGAGAAGUCCCAGGGUGGACAUCCGAGGGGUGGGGGCCGAGGAGGACAUGGGGCAGGAAGAAGGAAGAACUCGGUGACAAGUCCCAGCUACAUCAGGGAAACGGUGAGAACCUGAGCUUGGAGGACGGUGUCGGCGCCCAGAACGACGUGCGGCCUGAGCGCGGGGCUUCAGGAGCCCAGGCCGCUGCGUCCUGCCCGUGGCCCGGGCCAGAGACUCCCCUGCCCUUUCUGCAGGGGGAGGCCUCCCUGUCAACAGAGGGUCUCGAAUUCCUGAGCAGGAGGGGGCGGCCCGAAGGGCAUAUCUGGGUCCUCCUGGGAGGGCUUUCAUCCGCAGAGGAGGAAGGAAUCCUCCCAGCCGCCUUCUUCGGGGCUCACGGCACCAAAGGGCCACCUCCAGCAGGCGCCCAGCUCCUUACAGAGAUGGGCAGAGCCAUCAGGACAGUUCAGGGCACGGAGGGAAACCACAUGUGGCCUGGAAACUCUCUGCUUCUGCACGAGGAAAGCCCUGGGGGCGAAGGGCAAGGAGAGGAGGAGGUGAAGGCAUUGCAUCUGCAAGGGUCCAGACCAGACGACAGGAAGGUCCCAGAGGAGCCUGGCCCCAAGGGACAUGAGGCCAAGGCAAUGCUUUCCCUGAUGGAAGAGAGAGGUUUGCCACCGUUCUUCAGAGCGGCCCUCUCACCCGAGGGGGCUGAACCCACCGGUCUCGCAUGGGCUCCACAAAAAGCACACGACGGGUCUGCCCUCACAAUAGACACAUUUGAAAAGGAGAUGGAGGCUUGUUUCCAGCAGCUGUCCAUCCUGAAGCUUGGGAGUGGGGCUUGUGGACAGGAAGCUUCCACGUUGGUGGGAGAGAACUGGAACUUUGCUCGGAGAUGGCACGGCUGCCCGGAGCAUGUGUAUCCCCGGCAGGUCUCGGCAAACCAGGGUUUGGAUACAUGUCCUGCCGAGGAAGCAGACCCCAAGGAGAAUCGUGAAGAUGUGAAGCUGGGAGAGGCUGAGCCCCUGGGAGCUGACGAAGUUCUUCCGUGGAUGGUGCCUGGUUUGGAGGCCCUGAGCCUGGGCCCGGAGGGGUCCCCCGAGCUUGGCCGGCUCUCUCAGCCAGCGAGAGCCUUCGAGGGAGCCAGGGGAAGGUUUCAUCAGCUCAUUUCUGGACUGAAGAAGGAGAGAAGCAAGGUUUUACAUGCCAACGCCAAACUUCAGAGAGACCAAGAUAGAUGCCAUAAAAAAAUACGCGCCCUCGAAAAAGAGAGGGCGAGAAAUGUGAACAAAAUCUCUACACUGGAGCAGGACAACAGCAUGCUCUUGGGAGACAUCUCGCACUUAAAGAGGGAACUGGACCAAUAUUUGCAGGCCAUCUCUGAUCUUGAGGACUGCAACGAGAAAAGUUACCAUAAAAUUUCUGAGCUCGAAGAGGAAAGCGAAAAACUGAAAGGGCACGUGGGCCAGCUCCAGAAAGCCAUGUCUGAGAGCUCCAGAAAAUCCAAAGUCGUGAUGGAGGCCGUCACACAGGAAAACGGGGAGCUCAAGGCGCUGAUUUCAGAGCUCGGGGUCAGUUACAAAGAGCUGAUCAGGGACAUCGCGCUGGGAAUAGAAGAUAUGAUCCGGGCCUUACGGGGAGAGAACGAACACCUUCUUCACAGGAUCCGAGCCCUGGAGACCGAAGUUGUGCUGGGGAUGAGCCGCGGGGUGGGGCGUUUGGGGCAAGCAGAGGAGCGCCCCCAGGGGAGAAGCACGGCGGCAGUGCACAGGGCGGAUGGCGUAGAAGUGGGGGUACAGACGACUCAGCUUCCAGAGCCACUGACUGCAGGAAGCCACUGGCCGCCCUGGGAGGAGGAAAUGGGCCCUGCUGGAGGGCGGAUGGGACCUUCCUUCGGCCUGGAGAAUUCCAGAAGCUGUGCUGAUUCUACUGCUCCAUCGUCGGCUGGGAGAGAGGGUGACGUGUCCAGUGCUCUCCAAGGAAACAUCGACGCAGGACAAGUAAAAGCAGCACAUUUGGAAAAAGAGGAGAGAAGACCGUGGUGUUCUGCGGACAUCUCUGAGGUGCCAGCUCUGAGGUCGCUGAGCAACGGCCCCCAGCUCCGGGACCCAGAGGCCGAGACUUCGGAGGAGGAUCUCAGGCUGCGUGUCAGGCAGCUCGGUCACCAGGUGUUGACCCUGCAAUGCCAGCUCAGGGACCAGGGGUCCGCAUACCGGCAGCUACAGGCGGCUCGAGAUGAGGCCCUCUGCCUCCAGCACCAGCUGACGGGCAAGCUUGACGAACUUCAGAAAAAGCAUUAUGAAGCGAAUUUGGCUGUGACUCCUUUGAAGAAUGUCACCUAG